UAUCUUUUCUUCCUCAGUAUGAAAUUUGCCGAACAUUUAAGCGCGCAUAUCACACCGGAAUGGAGAAAGCAGUAUAUCAACUACGAGGAAAUGAAGGCUCUGUUGUACGCUGCAGUAGAGCAGGCUCCAUCGGCAGAUGUAAGCGAACCAUACGUUUUAGAUAGUUUCUAUGGCAAGUUUGACGAAAAGUUUUUCCAUUAUUGCGAUAAGGAGCUGGCUAAAAUAAAUACCUUCUAUUCUGAAAAGCUAGCAGAGGCUACACGUAGAUUCGCUACACUUAACAAUGAACUAAGCGAAAUUUUGUCGGUUUCCGAAGAUGUCCAAAGUUGUAAGACACGCUAUCGUAGUCACAUUCUUCACAAGAAACCAGUAUCAGCACGAAAACUUCAAGAGUUGAAAUUAGCCUUUUCUGAAUUCUAUCUCUUUCUCAUUUUACUCCAAAAUUAUCAGGAUUUAAAUUUUACUGGAUUUCGAAAGAUUUUGAAGAAACAUGACAAGCUUCUAAAUGUAGACUCUGGUAGCAAAUGGCGUGCAGAGCAUGUCGAUACAGCGAUUUUCCAUACGCGUAAGGAUAUAGAUAGACUCAUUGCGGAAACCGAGGCUGUAGUCACUCGAGAUCUGGAGCAUGGCGAUCGUCAAAGAGCCAUGAAACGGCUUAGAGUGCCUCCGCUCGGAGAGCACCUCUCUCCUUGGAUUACGUUUAAAGUUGGUCUUUUUUCUGGCGCGUUUAUUAUACUUUUUAUAGCUGUGAUAUUAUCUGCUAUGCGAUACAAAAAGAAGGAGAACUGGACGGUAUUGUGUCGAAUUUAUCGUGGACCACUUCUUAUGAUAGAGUUUUUGUUUCUGAUGGGAAUCAAUGUUUAUGGCUGGAGAUCUUCUGGUGUAAAUCAUGUGCUAAUAUUCGAACUUGAUCCACGCAAUCAUUUAUCAGAACAGCACAUUAUCGAAAUGGCAACUAUACUCGGCCUGGUCUGGUCCAUGUCUAUUUUGGGUUUUUUAUACAGUGAUACAUUGGGUAUACCACCAUUUGUACAACCAAUGCUGUUUUACGCACUGUUGGCACUGUUUUUAUUUAAUCCUACCAAGACUUUGCGACACGAAGCGAGAUUCUGGACAUUACGUGUUUUAGGUCGCGUCUUCUGCGCUCCAUUCUUUUAUGUAGGUUUCGCGGAUUUCUGGUUGGCUGAUCAACUCAAUUCUCUUCAUACAGUCUUUUUAGACUUUCAGUAUUUUAUCUGUUUCUAUAUUCAGAACUCCUCUUGGACCGAUGUUACAGAUACGGAAACCUGCAUAAUGCGUGAAUUAUCGAUGAGACCGUUUGUGGUAUGCUUACCGGCGUGGUUUCGAUUUGCGCAAUGCCUCAGGCGUUACCGAGAUACAAAAGAGACCUUUCCACAUUUAUUAAAUGCGGUCAAGUAUGCAACAAGCUUCUUUGUGGUUAUUUUCUCCUAUUUGCACUUAAUAAACAGCAAGUACUAUACGUUAUCUACUGAGAAUCCUUAUUUUUACUUGUGGCUGACAGUCAGUAUCGUGAGUUCCUGUUUUACUUAUACGUGGGAUGUGAAAUUGGAUUGGGGUCUCUUUGAUAGCAGUGCUGGAGAAAACAAAUUCCUUAGGGAAGAGAUAGUUUAUUCGUCACCUUAUUAUUAUUAUUUUGCAAUAGUCGAAGAUUUUAUCUUGCGAUUUGGAUGGGCGUUUUCUUUGUCUUUAACAGAGAUGGGAUACAUCCACGCAGAUCUUAUGGUUUCCAUAGUUGCUCCGUUAGAAGUCUUCAGACGUUUCGUAUGGAAUUUCUUCCGUUUGGAGAACGAGCAUUUGAAUAAUUGUGGGAAGUUUAGAGCAGUGCGAGACAUUUCGGUUGCACCGGUCGAUUGUUCCGAUCAGACGCAGAUAUUGCGAAUGAUGGAUGCUUCUGAUGGCGUAACAAAUCGCAGACGAAAACAAAAUAACGAUGAAAAGCGCAAACCAAUUCGAUUACUCACAAAGGAUGAGUCUCUGUUCGAUGAUUAAAGUCGUACGAUCAUCGAUUUAUGUAUAUAUAAUUAAAUUAUAUAUAACUGAAUCGAUUUUUUUGUACUGCCUUGUAACUUUCCUUGUAAUCAUGUCUGCAAAAUUAUGAUGACUAAUCAAGCUGAUAAAAGCAGAGGAUAAAAAUGUGAGAAUUUUAGAUUGGCAUACUUUGGACACAAGAUUCCGAAUUAUUAUUAUUAUUUAUGUGACAUGUUCAUUGCGUUAGUCCGUCAAUGUAAUUAAAGAUUAUGGCUAUCUAUAAAUAAAUAAUGAAUCGAUGUAAUUUGUCAUCGGGAAUGAAAUCAAAAGGACUCGAAAGAAUCAAAAGGAUGAAAUUAUGUAUCAAACGUUAAGAAUUGAUGUACUUUUACUUCAACUACUUUCUGUACCUCGAUUAAAUAAAUGAUUGUUACGAAAUAAAACGCUAAAUUUAAAAAAA